UUGUUGGAUAAAUACCUUAUACCUAAAGCUAGAGAACGAUUGGAAGGUGAGAAAGAUGAUCAGAAAUGUUUUGAUAGUCUGGUAUUUUAUUUAAAAAUGAAGGGAGAUUACUAUCGUUAUUUGGCUGAAGUUAGUCAGAGUGAUGAAAAAGACAAAGUGGUUGAAGCUUCUAAGCAGUCUUACCAAGAUGCAAAAAAAAUUGCAGAAAACAUGCAGACUACACAUCCUAUUCGAUUGGGGUUGGCCCUGAAUUUUUCAGUUUUCUAUUAUGAGAUCAUGAAUAGUCCUGAUAAGGCCUGUGAAUUAGCUAAAAGUGCAUUUGAUGAAGCUAUAACCUGUCUAGAUACCCUGAAUGAAGAUUCGUAUAAAGAUAGCACAUUGAUCAUGCAGCUGCUGAGAGACAAUUUAACACUUUGGACGUCUGACAACCAGGCUGAGGAAACUGAUGCUACUGAAACAGAGCAACAGUGA